GUCGCAAAAGGGAGAAUUGUUUGAGAGCUCAGUCAUCCAAAAACGGCCUUUCAAUGUGAGAACUUGGGGAGCCGAAGAAAAUGUCGGUGGCAUCGCAGUAAAUUACUAAAGCAGCGAGGCUUUAGAGGGGCAGAAGAGAAGUUUGAAAAGUGUCGGUUUUUUGGGGACUAAAACUCGAGGAGAGACGCGAGGAGGAGAUCGUCCGCCGAAAAACGAGGUGUGAGCACCAAGUAGAGCAGUUUUGGGGGUAGUGUAUGGAAGAUGUCUGGAAAGCGAGACUGGACUCCGUGGGUGAAAAAGAGAAGGGCUCCAGUGUUGUGUGCUCUGGGUGCAGUACUACUCUGCUGCCUGCAGAGCGGCGCUUCAGUCACUGAUGAGGUUCCCGUGUUCACCGUGGAGCCCGCGUCCGUCGUGCAGAAGCUGGGAGGCAGCGUCACCCUGCGCUGCAGCGCGCUCCCCGCCGCCGCCAACAUCAGCUGGCGCAUCAACGGCGAGGCGCUGGCGGACGGGGACCUGGGCGUCGCGCUGCGGCCCAGCAGCCUGUUCAUCCCCACUCUCUCCAACCUGACGCUGGGCCGAUACCAGUGUGUGGCCAGCACCGGCGCUGGAGCCCUGGCCAGCGUCCCCGCUAACGUCACCGCUGCCAAGCUGCGGGACUUCGAGCCUGACGACCAGCAGGAGAUCGAAGUCGACGAAGGCAACACGGCCGUCAUUGAGUGUCACCUCCCCGAGAGCCAGCCCAAGGCUCAGGUCCGCUACAGCGUCAAGCAGGAAUGGCUGGAAACAUCCAAAGGGAACUACCUCAUCAUGCCAUCAGGGAACCUGCAGAUAGCCAACGCCACGCGGGACGACGAGGGGCCGUACAAAUGUGCUGCCUACAACCCCGUCACUCAGGAGGUCAAGACGUCCACCUCCGCCGACCGCCUGCGCAUACGCCGCUCCACGUCGGAAGCGGCCCGGAUCAUUUACCCGCCGGCGCCCCGCUCCAUCAUGGUGACCAAAGGCCAGCGGCUGGUGCUGGAGUGCGUGGCCAGCGGCAUCCCCACGCCGCAGGUCGUGUGGUUGAAGGACGGCGAGGACCUGCGCUCGCACAACAACACGCGCUUCCUCCUCAGCAACCUGCUCAUCGACGCGGUCGGCGAGGCCGACUCGGGCACCUACAUCUGCCGGGCGGACAAUGGCAUCGGCUCGGCGAGCUCCGCCAGGGUGCUCUACGACGUGCAAGUGUUUGAGCCUCCUCAGGUGAUAGUGGAGCUGCAGCAGCAGGAGGUCGUGUACGGGGAGACGGUGCGCUUCACCUGCCAGGCCCGCGGCAAACCCUCCCCCUCGGUGAUGUGGCUCCACAACGCCCGGCCUCUCGCGCCGUCGCCCCGCCACCGCCUCACCUCCCGGGGGCUGCGCGUCUCCAACGUGGGCCCCCAGGACGACGGGCUCUACCAGUGCAUGGCUGAGAACGGGGUGGGCAGCUCGCAGGCCUCGGCUCGACUCAUCACGGUAUCAACUGGGAUUACCUCUCGGGGGAAGCUGCCCUCCAUCUACCGCCCGCUCAGCCCAGACAAGGUGCUGAAAGAGCAGCCGCCCAUAAGGCCGGGAGCCACAGGAGUCAUGCUGCCGCUGGACUGCUCUGAGCUGCCGGGGCAGAUAUUGCCGGCAGAAGCCCCCAUCAUCCUUAGUCAGCCUCGCACAGGCAAGGCUGACUACUAUGAACUCACCUGGAGGCCUCGGCAUGAGCGAGGAGCCCCUGUCCUGGAGUAUAUGAUCAAGUACAGAAAGGUGGGAAUCCCUCUCUCGGAGUGGACCUCCAGCAGCAUCUCGGGCUCUCUCCAUAAGCUGACCCUGGCCAAGCUGCAGCCAGACAGCCUGUACGAGGUGGAGAUGACAGCCAAGAACUGCGCAGGUUUAGGACAACCGGCCAUGAUGACCUUCAGAACCGGUAAAGGUCGUAAAGAGCCAAAUAAUCCACCUAAAACUCCUGCCGUCCCCUCUCCAAGCCUCUCUCCGCCCGAAGCCCCCGACAAGCCCACGGUCUCUACUGCGACGGAAACAUCGGCGUAUGUGGCUUGGAUUCCUCGCGGUAACCGCGGCUUCCCCAUCCAGUCAUUUCGGGUGGAGUACAAGAAGGUGAAGAAGGCUGGGGAGGACUGGGUGACAGCGGUGGAGAACAUCCCCCCGUCGCGGCUCUCCGUGGAGAUCACGGGGCUGGAGAAAGGCACUUCCUACAAAUUCCGCGUGGUGGCGGUGAACGUGAUCGGCUCCAGUCCCCCGAGCGCCCCGUCCAAAGCGUACACCGUGGUGGGCGGGAAGACACACGAGCGCCCCGUCGACGGACCCUACAUCACCUACAACGAGGCCAUCAACGACACCACCAUCAUGCUCAAGUGGACGUACACUCCUGUAAACAACACGCCCAUCUACGGUUUCUACAUCUACUACCGGCCGACAGACAGCGAUAAUGACAGUGACUAUAAGAAGGAUGUGGUGGAGGGAGACAGAUACUUUCACUCGAUCACUGACCUGCAGCCUGAGACCGCCUACGAUAUCAAGAUGCAGAGCUUCAACGAGAAAGGAGAGAGCGAGUUUGGCAACGUGGUCAUCCUCGAGACAAAAGCUCGUCCUAAUCCCGGGCGGCCUGUUCCAUCAGAGACCCCGAACCCAGGGUUUGGACCCUCCCCCGGACUGGUUCCCCGGCCCGGCGACCUCCCCUACCUCAUAGUCGGCAUCGUCCUCGGAGCCUUCGUCUUCAUCAUUGUCGCCUUCAUCCCCUUCUGCCUCUGGAGGGCUUGGGCCAAACAGAAGCAAACAACAGAUUUGUGUUUCCCUGCUGUGGCCGCCCCUGUGUCAUCGUGCCAGUACACCAUGGUUCCCCUUCAGGGACUUGCCCUGGUCGGCCACUGCCCGCUGGACUCCCACAUGAGCGCGCCGCAUGGCAUCUACCCUGCUAACGGAGAAUACGCUCCCAAUGGAAAACCUCACCACCCAAAGCACUGCCACCAAGGCCUGCAGCUGGAUGAUGUGGAUUGUGAUAUGGAGUGUGACACACUUCUGCCACAGACGGUGUCAAACGGACAUCUGCCCGUCUACCACUACUCCAACGGCGGCCCCGAUCAUCACGAACAGACGUGCUGCUCCGCCAACGACUCCACUCUCCAGCUCCUCGAAUCUUCGCUUCAGCUCGUCAGUCCACAGGAAGCGGGAGGGGACGUCGGCUCCUGCGGUCGAGAGCAGGCGGAGGAGGACGUCACUCAAAAGCCAGCGUCUUUCCCGCUUCUGUCUCUAGAAGAUGAAGGGAUCGUCACCACGUCGUCCUCGGCGGCCACGACGCCGCAGUCCCAAGACACGAUACAGGAAGUGAGCAUCCUCCCUAACGAAGCGUCCCCCGAGGACGAGGGGACGGCCAACGCGACGGACGCAUAAAAGACUCGUUUGAAAACAAAAAAAAAAAAGAAAAGAGAGAGACGAUAUUUAUUUUUGUAUCACAGAUAUUUAUAUAUUUAUGCUUUUGUAUAUAAGUGUCUGAUUAUACUGUAUAUAAGGUUAUUUUCAUAUUGAAAAAAAAAAAAUUUGACUGUUUAUUCGUACAUCUCCUCACGUCGUGUCACGGACAAAGGGAGUGCCACCUGAACUCUGUCUGCGUUUCCUGGGGAGGGAUGCACGUUAUUCCUCGUGUAAAGAAGAUGCGACCUCGAGUCAAAGUUCAGCACUUCACUUCACGUCUAAAAACCCCCCCAUCCCGCCCCCCCGGCCCUCCUUCCUCCCCCGCCACACACCUCAUAUCAUUCCUCGUCGCCAUCCUCCACCCGUAGGUACUUUAGCUUUAACAGAAACAAAGGGACCAUUCGAAACCAUGCUGUGAUCGCGAGCUGCUUCGCGUUUUUUUGUUUUUUUUCUCUCGUUCUCAACACACAGCUGUCAUUUUGUAUAGCAGUAACACAAAUUUAUUAUGCAUCGUUCAUCAUUAACAAACUAUUAACACGUGUAUGCAACAUAAAUCAUUGUUUCGGUAGCGUACAAGAGAUUAUAUAUUGUAUAGUUAUUUAUUUUUUUGAUUCCUUUUUUUUUUUUUUUUUUUUAAAUCACUGAAUGGGAGAGAUUCUGGAAAAAAAAAUGUCUUUUGACUCAGUCAUCGAUAAGCUGAACUUUAUACUGCAACCACUUCUGUGUUUACUCAUUUGCUGGUUACCAAAUGACCGCCAGGCGAGGGCGCUGUGACGGGGCGUGUCAGUAUUAUUCCUCCCUCCCUGGUCGGUGCAUCAAGUAUUAGUCUUUGACGGAGACAUCUGCAAUCGAAAUGAAGGAGAAUCCCGAAUCUACACUCCCCUUGUACGUGUGGCCAUUCUGUGGUUGCACAUGCUGGAGCACUAUUGCAUGUAAAUAAAAGCUUAUGAAAUUGA